AUGCCGCCCAAGAAGCGCGCCGCACAGGCAAUGGACCUGACGCCGCAGAGGGGUUCGCGUCGGCGGUCGCACCGCAUCAGCUCCAACGGCAAGUCGAGCUCGUACUUCGUGGAUGAUGACGUCACCGACGACUCGGCCGCCGAGGACGCGGGUCUGUCGUCGCGCAAACAGGGUUCGCGGAAGAGAGCUAAAUAUGAGAGCGAGGAGGAUGAGUUGGCUUAUGAGGAGGGGUCUGAGGACGAUAAUGAUGAUGAUGACCACGACGGGGAGGAUGGGGAUGAUCGGGAGGAUGUGCAUGAGGAAGACGAAGACGACUCGGAAGAGGCUGCACCGCCGCCCAAGAAGCGCGGGCGCGGCCGGCCGACUAAGACCGCUCAAUCUCAAUCGGCGUCCAAGACGGCGGGGACUACGACCGGCAGUGCUGGGAAGAAGACGAAGGGCAGACCUGCUGUUGCUGCUGCUGCUGCUGCUGCCACCGUCCCCAAGGUGCAGUCGAAGAAGACGAAGAAGGAUGAUGCAGACGAAGACGAACAUGAGGACGACGACGACGAUGACGAUGAUGAUGAUGAUGAUGAAGAUGGGCCGAGGAUUGAGUUCAUUCCAAUCCCGGAGCUGCGCGACACUGGGGGCGUCGGGUAUGAGGACACGCGACUGCAUAAGAAUACGCUGCUGUUCUUGGGCGAGUUGAAGGCUAAUAAUAAGAGGAGCUGGUUGAAGUUACGCGACCCGGAGUACAGGCGCUCGCUGAAGGACUGGGAGAGCUUUGUCGAGACGCUCACUGAAAAGAUCAUCGAGGCCGAUGAGACGAUACCCGAACUGCCGCUCAAAGAUGUCAUCUUCAGGAUCUAUCGGGACAUUCGGUUUAGUAAGGACCCUACGCCAUAUAAGCCUCACUACUCUGCUGCAUGGUCGCGCACCGGCCGCAAGGGUCCCUACGCCUGCUACUACGUGCACGUCGAGCCAGGCCACUGCAUUGUCGGCGGCGGACUCUGGCACCCCGACGCCGCCGCAUGCGCCAAGCUGCGCGCCAACAUCGACGAGCGGCCGCAGCGGAUACGGCGUGUGCUGAUGAACCCCGAGUUCCGCCGCGCCUUCCUCCCCAAGGCGAAGGACGACGAAAAAUCUGUGCUGAAGGCUUUCGUGGAUUCGAACAAGGAGAAUGCGCUGAAGACUAAACCUAAGGGCUUCAACCCGGAUCAUCGUGAUAUCCAGCUGCUCAAGCUGCGCAACUAUACUGUUGGGCGUACGCUGACGGACGCGGACCUCCUCGGUGAGGAUGCGCAGGAGAAAAUUAUGGCUUGUAUUGGGGCGAUGGUGGAGUUUGUUACCUUCUUAAACACUGUCAUUAUGCCCGAUCCUGGCCAGGACAGCGAUUCUGAUGAUGAAAGUGAAGAGGAUGGGUUGGCGAGUGACGAGGAAGGUGGAGAUGCUGAGGACUAG